UUUUCAUGUCUACAUUGUCCGGAAUUCACGUUAGACCAAAAAUUAUAUAGCAAGAUAAUCUCAAUCAACUCUUUUGGGAAACCAGUGAAAUAAGCAUGUAAAAAUAUUUCGCCCAUAAAAGUCCUGACUUCACCUCCAUUUUAAAGCCGUUCCUUGAACCUACAGUGUAAAGAUAUGAAUAAAGGGGAGUGUUGUGAACUAUUUAUAUGACAACCUUUUUUGUAAACCUAAUGUUUUCUUUUAUAUUUUGAUUUCUGUCACUAAUGUCAAUAAAGUUACCAAUUCGACUGUUCACAAGUUUAUCAUUUUUCAUUAUAAUAUCCAAUUUUACUUAAUCUAAUCAUACAGUCCACCUUUUCACAACAUUUUUUGGUCCUUCGAGCCGUAGUUUUUGAAUCAAUUCGUAUUUUCACCAUGAUCACUCGUAGUACGAGUAAAAAACAUUUGCCCAUCAACCCUUCCUCACCUCAUCCAUUGCCCCCCACAAUAGACGUAGUACCCAUUAGUUCUUAAAGCCAAUGCAACAGCAAAGUUGACCCGGUCGGAAGCAUGCGAUCAGCACAAACUGCGUCAGGCCAAUCAUCUUCGUCGGCUGUAGCACGGAAAGCGGCUGCGGUAGCGGAUUUCAAACGUCGCCGCUACGAAAGGGAGAGGGAACUCGCCAAACAGUUAGCAGAAGUGGAGGAGGCACAACUAGAAGCAGAUUUGAAGCAAAUAGAAGCGGAAGAGUCUCGGAGAGGAAGUGUUUUAAGCAACAAAAGUAACAGUCGAACGCGUGAUUGGGUAACUUCUCAAUUUAAUAAUUUUAAUGUAGGUUUUGAGGAUCUUUGCCCGGAAAUAGCCCCGGAAGCACUUCAAGAUACCUCACAAAAUAAUAAUCCUACUGAUAUUUUACUAAAGGCGGUUGCCAAUACGGCCGCCGCUGCAAAAGCAAUUGCAACCAGUCAAGAAAAACAGUGUAAAACAAAUUUAAUACCAUUUUAUGGUAAUUGUCUUGACUGGACUCAGUUUAAACGUAUUUAUAAUUUAACAAAGCCUUAUUUUACAAAUGCAGAGAACAUUAACCGACUGCAGCACGCCAUCAGAGGCCCGGCACGUGAAGCUGUGGCAUCGAUCUUAGUUUGCGGUGAAGACCCUGAAUUAAUCGUCGCAGCUCUCGAAGAGAACUUUGCACGGCCGGAGGUGGUGGUUCUCAAGGAAACAGCGGCAUUAAAAAGUCUACCGCGUCUGGGUAACGAUUUAAAGGAAUUAGGAAAUCUCGCCAAUCGAGUACGUAAUGCAGUUUCCAAUAUUAAAUUAUUGAACCAAGUAGAAUAUCUGUAUGCUCCCGAAUUAUUCCAUGCUAUUUUGGGAAAACUAAACCCUGUCAUGAAACUUAGGUGGUCAGAUUUCGCUGCCCAAGAACAAACAAGUAAACCGAAACUAGAGGUUUUAUCUCAAUUUUUAGUUAAAGAAUAUCAACAGUUUACCAAGUUCAGUUUGUCUCCCGAGUUAGUUCUAGCUCAACCGACAUUUUUCCAAAAAGAUUCUAAACGAGAAAAUAUUCAUGUUGCAUCCGAUAGUAAGACGUCAAAUCUAAAAAAAAUAGAAUGUGUUUAUUGUAAAAAAGCACAUAACAUAAAGUCCUGUUCUGAUUUCAAGUCACUACUAGUUGAGGACAGAUGGCGUUGGCUUCGAGAGGCAAGAGUAUGUUACAGGUGUUUGAAAUCGAAUCGUCAUUUAUGGAAAACUUGUAACACCCCUUGUUGUGGUAUCGACGGUUGUAAAUUUCGGCACAAUCCGUUAUUACACGGAAUGACGUACAUUCAGCCCCAAAGAAAUGUGCAAUCCACAAGUCAAUCUGAUUCCAAUUCUUCAGUUACUGUUUGGAAUAUAAUGCAACGAAUUAAUAAUAAUUCUAAACUACCUCAAUGCUCAAGAGCCCUCCUAAAAAUUGUUCCAGUGACUGUAACGGGCCCUGCCGGCAGCCGUGACGUCUAUGCUCUUCUUGAUGACGGAAGUACUGCGACGAUAAUUGAAGCUGACAUAGCCACGGCUAUAGGUGCCACAGGACCCACACAAAACAUCACCGUGAAUGGUAUAGGUGGACUCAGCACAAACAAAACCAUUUCAUUUGUUGAUUUUAAAAUUAAAGGCAGGUACACACAUGACACAUUUCUAAUAAAAAAUGCAAGAGCUAUGUCAGGUUUAUCUCUGAGUCCACAGACACUUCAUAGAGACAAUAUUGCAUCUUAUGAACAUUUAGUUGACUUACUCGACAUUUUGCCAUAUGAAGGUGCUAUUGCAACGCCCUCCAUUCUUAUAGGUGCUGAACACUGGUAUUUGUCAAUUACGCGGGAGAUUCGUAAGGGCAAACAUAAUGAACCAGUAGCUUGUUUGACAGCUUUGGGAUGGACGUUGUACGGCGUAGCGUUGAGUGAAACAAAACUAGUCGAAUUUGUUAACAAUUUAUCUUGGUCAACAAAGUCUAGCAAAAACGAAGAAUUAGAUUUCAUUAUCAAAAAUCAAUACAAAUUAGAUUCUAUCGGUAUUUCAAAACAAGACACUAUACAUAGUAAGCAAGAUAUACGUGCAAUACAUAUUUUGGAAAAGACUGCGAAACGCUUGCCUUCCGGACGGUUUGAGGUAGGUUUACCUUGGCGUGAUGACAUUCUUAAUGUACCUGAUAGUUACCCACAAGCGUUGUCACGUUUCCUAUCUUUAGAGAAGCGAAUGCAGCGUAGCACAACCUUUUCAAUGGCGUAUGAAACAUUCAUCAACAAUAUGUUAACAAAAGAGUAUGCUGAAGAGUGUGAUCCUGAUUCUUAUCAUAAACAAUAUAAGAGUCAAGACGUACGAGUAGAUCCAUCCAUCAAGUUUUACUUACCACACUUCGGUAUUUACCACCCACAAAAACAUAAAUUACGCGUUGUGCUCGAUGCAGCCGCUAAGAGUGAAGGAAUCAACUUAAACAGUUUACUUAUUCCUGGGCCUGACUUGUUAAAAUCUUUAUUAAAUAUUUUAUUUCGUUUCCGUGAAGGACGAAUAGCAUUAAUUGCUGACAUAAAAGAGAUGUUUUCUCAAAUUCGCGUAAGAAAAAAAGACAGAGAUGCGCUGCGUUUUUUGUGGAAACCAUCUUCAUCUGAUUCUAGUUCACAAUUAACAAUCAAAGAAUAUCGAAUGUCAACCGUAAUAUUUGGUGCUUCUUGUUCACCUUUUAUUGCACAAUUUGUUAAGAACAAGAAUGCUAAAUCUUUCGCGGAGAAGUAUCCUAAAGCUGUAGAUGCCAUUUUAUACGAUCAUUACAUGGACGAUUAUGUCGGUUCAUUAGAUUCUAUAACUGAAGCAGCACAACUUGCUCAUGAUAUCGUAAAUAUUCACAGCGCGGCUUGCAUGGAGAUGCGAGGAUGGACAUCCAAUGAUCGCGCAGCCUUAAAUAUGGUAAAUACAAAUUUACAAGCUGCUCAGAUGUUGGAUGUUAAUUCGAGUGUUUCUUGUGAUGUCAAAGUAUUAGGCGUAGAGUGGAAUCCUAGCGUAGACCAAUUAGGUUUUAGAGAUCCAGGUUUCUGCUUCCCAAUCACUUUGACAAAACGCGAAGUUCUUUCUAUGCUGAUGAAAGUAUAUGACCCCUUAGGGUUGCUUGGUCCUAUUGUAGUAAAAGGACGCAUAUUAUUUCAACAAACUUGGAGAUCUGGUAUUGAUUGGGAUACUUAUCUUCCUACCUCCGAGGUCAAUAAAUGGACCGCCUGGUAUCGGGAGCUUACCAACGCAGUAACUAUUAAGAUACCACGUUGGUACGCCUCCGCUGAAGGUUCUGAGCCACUUCAGAGAGAUCUUCAUAUCUUUGUUGAUGCCAGUGAGCAAGCUUACGCUUGUGUAGCAUAUUGGAGAUUUAAAUACAAAAACGAAACCAUUAAAGUAGCUUUGAUAUGUAGUAAGGCCCGCGUUUCACCAUUAAAGCCGACAUCUAUUCCAAGACUUGAGUUGCAAGCUGCUUUAAUAGGUUCCCGUCUCGCUUUAGCUAUCCAGGAAGGUCAUCGCAAAAAACCUGACAACAUUUAUUACUGGACAGAUUCGAUGAUCGUUCUUGGAUGGCUGCGAAGUGACGCACGCUCAUUCAAACCGUUCGUAGCCCACCGCGUCGCGGAAAUUUGUGAGAACUCUAACAUAGAGAACUGGCAGUGGGUACCGAGCGAGUUCAACGUAGCGGAUGAUAUAACACGUUCGGAACAUAUUAAUUUUGAUUCUAGUCAUAGAUGGUUUACUGGACCAUCAUUUUUACUUGACUCACCAGAGAAUUGGCCUUCAAAGCCAACCAAAUUUCCUCCAAAUUCUAGUGAACUUAAAUCACAACCUGCUGAAUCAAUUGCAGUUGUCGCUUUAAUAUCAUUACCACAACCAGUUACAGCAGAUAUCAAUCGUUUUAGCAACUGGUUACGUUUAUUACGUGCUACAGCACGAGCUCACCAAGCUGCAGAAUAUUUUAGAAAUUUUUUGGCUUGCCGGCAAAAUUCCAAAAUUACAAAAGUUCUGCGAUUUUCUUCAGCCACAACUACCGCUUUGCCACCUUUAACUGCAGAUCAUAUAAAAGCCGCAGAAAGGCACAUUUUGCAACGCGCUCAAAUGGAUUGUUUUGCUGAAGAACUAUAUGCUAUUUCCAAUUCGCUGCCGCUGACACGUCGCAGUCGCUUGAAGAAAAUGUCGCCUGUGUUGAAAGGACGAUUACUUCAUAUGUCCGGUAGAAUCAAAGCCGCUGAAGGCAUUGACCCUGAAACUCGUUCUCCAGUUUUACUCGAUGGUCAUCACCCUGCAGUACGCUUAUUGAUCCAGUCUUAUCAUGAAAAAGCCGUUCACGCAAAUAAUGCUCUGGUUAUUAACGAAAUUCGUCAGAGAUUUUGGAUUGUUGGACUUCGGAACACGAUCAGAUCUAUUGUGAACAAAUGUAUUCUCUGCAGGAUCAGAAAAGCUCAACCAAUGAACCCAAUAAUGGGAGACCUUCCACCACAAAGGCUCGCACAUCAUCAGCGACCUUUUACUUACACUGGUAUUGACUACUUUGGACCCAUCACUGUUACCAUAGGACGUCGUCACGAAAAGCGCUAUGUAGCACUUCUUACUUGUCUUACAUGCAGAGCGCUUCACCUUGAAUUAUUAGCUGAAGCCGAAGCUAUUGUGAAUUCUCGACCGUUAGCCCAUGUAUCUACCGACCCUGAUGAUCCGACAACUCUAACUCCUUUUCAUUUCCUAAUAGGAACAUCAUCCGUAGAGUGCCUUCCGACUGCAACUUUUAAUGAAAAUACAUUUGCGGGUCGCUCAGAGUGGAAAAAGGCCUUACAAUUAGCGGACCAUUUUUGGAACAGAUGGGUGCGUGAAGUACUUCCUACAUUGCAGCUACGAGAAAGAAACAAGGAUGAACAUAUUGAUAUCGAUGACGUUGUAAUAAUAGCAGAUGGUAAUCUACCACGGAAGACAUAGCCGCGUGGCCGCGUUACUAAAAUCUAUCCCGGUAGAGAUGGGGUGGUCAGAGUGGUAGAUGUGCAGACAUCAGGAGGUUUGCUCCGUCGUCCCGUCGUUAAAUUGAUUAAAUUAAUUUAAGGGCGGGAGGAUGUUGUGAACUAUUUAUAUGACAACCUUUUUUGUAAACCUAAUGUUUUCUUUUAUAUUUUGAUUUCUGUCACUAAUGUCAAUAAAGUUACCAAUUCGACUGUUCACAAGUUUUAUCAUUUUUCAUUUUAAUAUCUAAUUUUAUUUAAUUUUAUCAUACAGUCCAC